AUGUCAGAGCCACCUAACGAAGAGACGUCGAGGCCUGCUGCAGCGGAGGAGGACGAGCCGGAAAGGAGAGUGACCUCCUGUGCGAUGGCCGCCGAGUUGAAGGCCAUCUGCCGGCAGGAUUUUGUGAUGGAGCUGAUGUUUACGGAGGCGGCAAAGGGAGCGAAAAAAAUGCUGAGUCUGAACAUCGACGAGUCGUGUCCACGGUGCGAUGGCAAGGGAACGGUGAGAUUCCCUCAUGUCUCCUCCUGCCGGUCGCUCCACACCAGCAGCCGGCUGGGAAACAAGCAGGACCUCUAUGAGGUGUUGGGUGUUUCCCGCACCGCCACAAAGAAGGAAAUCAAAAAGUCCUAUUACCAGUUGGCAAAGAAGUGUCACCCAGACGCCAACCAAGACUACCCAGGGCCCGAAGCAAAGUUUGUUAAACUGGCUGAAGCCUAUGAGGUGCUAAGCGACGAGGUGAAGAGGAGGCAAUACGACCACGGUCAAGCCGGCGCCGGCUCGACUGGGGUCCAUCUUGAGGAGCUCUUCAGGACCAUCUUAAGAUGGUUCAUCGGAGGAAUGGGCUUUGGAGAUAGCAUGUUCGAUCAAAGGCCAGAGUUUGUGAUGGAGCUCACCUUUAUAGAGGCAGCAAAGGGAGCAGAUAAAGAGCUGACUCUAAACAUUCAAGACUCCUGUCCACGGUGCAAUGGGAUGGGAAGGGAGCCGGGGACCAUGGUGUCACCAUGCCCCUACUGCAACGGCACCGGGGUGGAGUUGAACAGCACUGGUCCCUUCCUGAUGUACAGCACCUGCCUACGCUGCGGUGGGAAGGGAUCCAUCAUCAUCACGCCCUGCGCUCUGUGCCGAGGGUCGGGUCAGAUGAAGAAGAGGCAGACGGUCACUGUACCUGUACCUGCUGGUGUGGAAGAUGGUCAGACAGUGAGCAUGCCAGUGGGUAAAACAGAUAUCCUCAUCACAUUUAGGGAAUAA